AUGGGCGAGAAGGAUCACUACCAGUACGAUGCUCUAACUUCUGCUUCAGUUGUGGGCUCCGGCCCCCUUGGUGCCACGUUUGCCAAGAUCCUAGUGAAUGAUGGGCACACGGUGCUCAUGGUCGAGGCUGGCGCAGAGGAGAGUAAAAAACGCGGAGAGCACAAGAAGAAUGCUGUACGCUUUCAAAAAGAUAUUGACUCCUUUGUCCACCUGAUAAAGGGAAGUUUGCAACUAACUUCGGUGCCAACCGAUGAAUCGGUAGUGCACUCGGGGAAGCUAACAGCAGCAAACAGAGAAGGAAAACAAGUGCAACAUGGCCAGAAUCCUUAUCAGGACCCUGCCUUAAACCUUGGCCUCAAUGCUGUGGCCAGGAAUGUAGGGGGCAUGUCAACCCACUGGACUUGUUCAACUCCCCGACAGCAUCUAAGGGAACGUUCUCCACUUCUCCAGAACGAAUGGGAGAGGCUGUAUAGCGAAGCAGAGAAGCUGAUUGAAACACAUACCGACGUCCUUGAGGGUUCAAUCCGCCAAGACAUGGUCAAGCAGAUCCUGAAUGAUCAUUUCGAAGGAGAAAAAGACAAGAAUGGAGACCAGAAACCCGCGGCAUUCGCACUCCCUCUUGCGGCCAAGCGAGAGGGCUCUGAGUUUAUCACCUGGUCUUCGUCGUAUACAGUCCUUGAGAAGAUUAAGCCCGAGUUCAGCAAAAAGCUCGAGUUGAGAAGUGAGUGGCUCUGCGAGAAGCUCACCAUCAUCAAGAACACAAAGGAUGCCAGUGAAGAUGCAGGGAUCGUGGAGAAUGCCAAGGUCCGCUCGCUACUGACCAACCAGCUGGACGAAGUGAAAGCCAGGGUAUACAUCAUUUGCGGUGGACCUAUACUCACUCCACAGUUGCUAUUCAAUUCGGGGUUUUGGACGGGCGAGACUACUACUAAGACCAAGACAUGGACCAAGGUUGGCCCCAACUCCGUAUCUCAUUGUGUCGAGAGGCUUAGCGACAAGGAGGUAGUAGAACCCUUCCUCGAGCUUCCAGCUCUGGGUCACUACCUCACCGAGCAAACCAUGUGCUUUUGCCAAGUUGUUCUGGAUAGGCGCUGGAUCAAGGCAGUCUACGGCGCUCACCCAUACCCAAAGGAUGACCCGAAAAACGACGGUUGGGACUCGCUCAGGAAGGAAAAAUGGGAUGAGAAGAUCAAGAAGCAUUUGGAGACUCUAAAAGGCUGUUACCCUCAGGAUAAGUUACCAUUUCCUUUUAAUGAUCGGGAUCCUCAAGUCACGCUCCCCGUUUCCGAGAAACAACCGUGGCACACCCAGAUACAUCGGGAUGCCUUCUCUUACGGCGCAGUGCCCCCGAACAUCGACAAGCGGACCAUUGUGGAUUUGCGCUUCUUUGGCCCAGUGGAACCAACAAAGGACAAUUGCGUCAAGUUUACAACAAAGGUCAAGGAUGCCUACGGGAUGCCGCAACCUACCUUCUUCUACCGCCUCGGCGACGCAGACCGGGAACUUACUCAUCAGAUGAUGAAGCAUAUGGAAGAGGUUGCUGGGGUUCUAGGUGGCUAUCUCCCUGGCUCGGAGCCGCAGUUCAUGGAAAAUGGCCUAGCGCUCCACGUUUGCGGCACCACCAGGGCCGGAGAGAAAAAGGACGAUUCAUGCUGCAACAAGUUCUCCCAGAUCCAUGGUGUCAACAACCUCUUCGUGGGGGGCCUGAAUUUCAUCCCCGGCAAGAACGCAUCGAAUCCCACUUUGACAGCGAUGUGUUUUGCUAUCAAAGCGGCCCAGGAUAUCUCGCUUCGUCUGGGAGCCGAGAAGAAGGAGAGGGAAAAGGAGGAGGGCGAGGAGGAAGAGAGCGAAGAGGAGGAGGGGAAGGUGGAGUAG